UCAAAGCCAGCCUUUGACGAAUGUAACCAGUCUUCAUACCGGCUCGGUGGAACGCGCGCGCAAAUAGCAACAAAUAGAGAAUCAUGUUCCCAUUGCGUCGUAUUGUUGCCAAUAAGAUCCUGGAGCAAUGGCGCGCUCCCAUGGUCGCCGCGGCCAAGGCACAGAGUUUCUCAGACGCUGCCCCACAGAGACCUCUGUCCGUUCUCACAGAAGACGAGUUGGCUAUGAAGGAAACAAUUAGAAAGCUGGCAACUGAACAAAUAGCGCCUUUAGUCAAGAAAAUGGAGGACGAACACAAAAUCGACGAUAGCGUCAGACAACUGCUCUUUGAUAAUGGACUCAUGGGGAUUGAAACCCCCACGGAAUACAGCGGCUCAGGCUGCGGAUUCCUCACCAUGAUGCUAGUUGUCGAAGAACUAUCCCGAGUAGACCCAGCAGUCGCAGCGUAUGUGGACAUCCAUAACACGCUCGUCAACUCGCUGUUUAUGAAGCUCGGUACUGAGGAACAGAAGAAGAAGUACCUCACCAAGCUGUGCACAGAAUAUGCCGGCAGUUUCUGCCUAACGGAGCCGACGUCAGGAUCAGACGCCUUCGCCUUGAAGACCGUGGCCAAGAAAGAUGGCGACCAUUACGUCAUCAACGGCUCCAAGAUGUGGAUCUCCAACUCGGAUGUGGCUGGAGUGUUCUUAGUUAUGGCCAAUGCUGAUCCUUCCAAGGGCUACAAAGGCAUCACCUGUUUCAUCGUAGAGCGCGACACCCCUGGCCUGUCGGUGGCCAAACCAGAGAACAAACUCGGCAUCCGCGCGUCUGGCACUUGUAUGGUGCACUUCGACAACGUCAGGGUGCCGGAAGGCAACAUUCUUGGUGAAUACGGACACGGAUACAAGUACGCCGCCGGUUUCCUGAACGAAGGCCGCAUCGGCAUCGCCUCGCAGAUGAUCGGGCUUUGCCAGGGCUGCAUGGACGCCACUAUCCCCUACACUUUGGAGAGAAAGCAGUUCGGAAAGAACAUCUACUCAUUCCAGGGUAUCAGCUACCAGAUCGCCCAUCUGCAAACCGAGUUGGAGGCAGCCCGCCUCCUGACUUACAACGCGGCUAGGCUAAAGGAAAACAACCUGCCCUUCGUCAAGGAGGCUGCCAUGGCUAAAUACUUCGCUUCAGAAAUCGCCCAACAUCUGACUUCAAAAUGUAUCGACUUCAUGGGCGGCGUGGGCUUCACUCGCGACUUCCCUCAGGAGAAGUUCUUCCGCGACGCCAAGAUCGGCACCAUCUACGAGGGCACCAGCAAUAUGCAGCUGCAGACCAUCGCCAAGCUCAUUGAGAAGGAAUACACACAAUAAAAUAUGUUACAAU